AAUACCAACACUCUCUCAUCACUCAUCACACCAAUUCAUUCAUUCAUCAUCCCCUCUCCCCUCCUAUCAUAAUAUGCAAGACCUUCGCCGUUACUCAAACGACACCGUUCACCUCGACCUCGGCACCACCACCACCGCCACCACAACAACAACCACCAUGAUCACCACCACAACCUCCUCCUCUUCCCUAUCCAUGGACAUAGACGAAUCCGCCGAAACCAAAAUCCACCGUCUCAUAUCAGAACAUCCCGUCAUCAUCUUCACUCGAUCUUCCUGCUGCAUGUGCCACGUCAUGAAGAAGCUUCUCUCUACGAUCGGUGUUAAUCCAACCGUCAUCGAAUUGGAUGACAACGAGAUCGCUUCUCUCCCUCAUGAAGAUGAUCAUCUUGCUUCUGUUCUUCGUAACCGCUCUCCGGCUGUUUUCAUCGGUGGUGCCUGUGUAGGCGGACUUGAGUCGCUUGUUGCUCUUCACGUCAGCGGUCAUCUCGUUCCCAAGCUUGUUCAAGUCGGUGCUCUCUAUGUAUAACAAUAUCAAUUUCAAUUUAUGUUUAUUAUUAUUAGUACUAUUAUUAUUAAUAUUAUUAUUGAAUCUUGAAAAACUGUAUAACUAAUUGUAUAAUUUCUGGUAGUGUUUGUGAAAUGAAAUUGCAAUCUCAUUUUAAUUUU